AUGUCCAAUCCACUCCGAAUAAAAAAUAGGGACCAGGAGAACGCGUUUAGGGUUCCUAACAAGGACGAGAAUGCCCAGCCACCCACAAAAAGACUGGCUCUCCAACCCAAGCUGAACAAAAGGCAGAGAGUGCCUUUGGGAGGAAAGGACCCUAACGGAGCUCCUUUGUUACAAAGAUCCAACACAUCUGUUCAAAAGCCACUUCGGCCUAGCAGUGCCCCGUUGUUGAAACAGCCUUUUUUGACAAAGUCAAACUCGACUUUGGGUUUCGCCCAUGCUAACGCUCCUACUACCCAGAGAGGUCACAGCGGUCUUACACGGGGUCAGAUCCAAAACGCUGAUCCACUCAAAAAUGAUCUUUUCAGUGGGAAGUUGGCCAAAAGAGAGACCGAGCUAGUACCACAGCUUGUGUCCGAUUCCCCCAGGAAGCCAGUUGCCAAAGAACUACCUCCAUUGGGAACAAAACUCAGUGAUACCUUCUCAGAAGCUACACAACAGCUUCAUGCGAGCAAUUUGCCCCAACAAACAGAGGCCGACGUAGAUCCCAUCAAGGGCCUCAAAUUCAAUACCCGCUUGAUUGACCAGUUGGCAGAGGAGCCUGUGGAUACAAUCCCCGAGGUGAAGCCUCUCCAGGAUGUGGAUGACGCCCUCACAGAAGACGACUUGCAUUUUAUUAAAACGGGAAACAGGGUAUCGAUAACCGAAAAUAAAAACCUCCAGUCGCAGCUUCACAAGGAGCACGGCCACUUGGGUCUCUCCAAAGACGAGCUUGACGACUUGCUUGAUUUCUGA